AGAAUCACUAAAUUUUCAAUUAAACUGUCAAUUAGUUAAAAUAGUUUUCAAUAUUACAAUUUCUUCUGACAAAACAACAAAGUUUUGAAGAAAAAGAUGAAUACAAUGAGUGAUAAAGAAGUGAUGAUCAAUGAAAAUGAGUAUUCAGAAGAAGAAGUAGAUGAAGGAAAAGAUGGAGAACAGACAUCACAAGAAGUGCCAAUUGUCAGUAAAGAAGACAUCACUUCGUCGACGACGGCGAUCAAUGAAGAGAUAAUGUCGUCGUUGACGACUAAUGAAGAGAUUGCGUUGUCUCCGACCAGUCAAUUGCCGACCAAUGGGUAUUCAGCCGAACAAUUAAACCAAAUGUAUUGGUGGCCAUACUAUCAGCAACAGACUAUCAAUACCAACAACAACGGCAGUCAAUUCCAGCCAUCGAUGUCGGAGCCGCCGCAAACCGGUAGUCUUCAAAUGCCGUCGCAGCCAACCGGCAACAAUCAAAUACCUGAGCAGCCAAACGGCGUCUCCUCUCAAAUGCCGCCAUAUAUGAUGCCCUACUAUUUCAUGCCACCUCCGAUGACGAUGAACGGCAGCGGCACAAUAGGUUGGCCUCAAAACUACUGGCCAAUGGCUGGUCCGAGCACUUCGGUCAGCGGCGACAAUGGCGAACCAUCGACAUCAUCGUCAGCCAAAACCAAACCAUCCAAAGCAAAGGUCUAUACGUGUCGAUUGUGUUCGCAUAUGAAUUACAUCAAAGAUGUCCAACAGUUUCGUAUGCAUAUUGAAAAGCAUUUGUCACCGAAACACCCGUUCAAGUGUGACAUUUGUAACAAACUUUUUACAUACAAAUCCAUUUGCCGCAAUCAUGUGAUGGCUCACUGUGUGGUUCGGCCGACGGAGACGACCAGUAGUGGUGGCCAACAAUAAGUUUAAUGGUUACCAAUUAAACAAAGAAAACCAAUUGAAAUUUGAUUCAUUUGAAACA